UAUCAGAGUAGCCACGAUCCAUGGACGGUUCGGUGGAUUGGGAACUAUUUUAUGCCCGUGAGGAAUUAAGUAGUCUUCGAUUGAAGUACAAUAUUGAAGAACUUGGUAGUUCUCCAUACUGGGACCAAAAUUUCCUGAAGUUGUUGGAGCUCAUCAAUGAAGCAGAUAAGAAAUUGGAGUCUGCUUAUUACUCCAAUUUCAUAGUUACUGAGGUUAUAGAAACAACGGAGAUGGAGGAGGAAACGGACAACGAAGAAUUGGUGGAAGAAGACUCAACUAACUCAGAGUUGGUCACUGAUUUCAGCCGUAAUUUGUCAAUACCAUUGGAAGAAGAAGAGGAUGAUUCUCUUAACUUAGAGUUCAUUCAGUCGGUUUUCUUUGAUGGAAAUGAGGAUUCAGUAGAUGUAGACUUAGAAGAAGGAAAACCCAUCCCUUAUUUCAGUCAUUUGAUGGAUAAUAUGGGUUCCCAAUUUGAAAUUGUUGCCAGCAAGAGGGUAAGGAGCUUCGACAACUUGAAUCCUGAUACAUCGUUUGAAGGGUAUUACGAGCACUCGAAGGAUCUGAUUACUCACCUUAAACUGAAUUGUAAGAACAAUCCUUAUCUCCAUCUUGAUUUUACCCGUUCCAUAUUCGAUCGUGGAAAAUGGUUUGAUGGGUCUGUUUUGAAUAACGAUUACAAAGGGGAUUUUGUUUAUGAGUUAAGUUUAAAGGAUGGGUAUCGAUUCAAUUGGUUUUUUAUGGAUUCAAUCACAUUUGUAUUAGUUAAGAAUGGGGAUAUUGCAGAUACAGGCAAUCUGUUUGUUAAAAUGCUUCUAUGGGAUAUUAUGUAUUUCAAGAACAAAGGUGUUAGCAGUCACCAAUUGGCUAGUGAGAAGUCUUCUUACCCUUGUUUCAACUUAACUGGUGGAGUAUUUGAUCGUGGGAAAGAUAUUGAGCUGACGGGAAGGGAGGGGAAGGGUCGUGACACUUGCAAGUUAUUUGAUCCUGGUAUACAUAAUUUUCGUGUUAAUGAAGGUUUUAUGAUUUUCUUACUUGGUAUAAGUGAUUGUGAAGGACCUUUGUGGCUCAAUGGGAGUAGUAAAGGGAUGGAAAUUAUUAAGGGUUGUCCUGAUGAUGUUGAGGGUGAGUUUAUCUUACAACUUCAGCUGGGUGUUUGAUCAAGGGCCUGGUACAUUGGGAGAAGAUUCUUUUAGGGUACAACUGCAUUUUGAGUUGCUCAAUAUUGUCAUACUUCGAAUUAACUCAUUGAGAGUUCCGAGGGUUCAGUCGGCAAGUUUUGAAGUUGUCCAUGAGUCUAUUUCAAUUGCUUCUUUAGCUAUAAUAAUUUUUCAAGGGGUAUUUGAAUUACAGCGGCAUGUUCUCUUUCAUCGUGUGUUAUUCUAUGUGAAUCAUGGUCUUUGGUUUGGCCGAGUUAUUAGAGCCUAUUACACACCAGCUUGGGAGAUAUCUUUACAAAUGACUAAAGUUUUAAAUUCAAAAUGUGUGAAUGUCUUUGUAAGGAUAAUGGAAACUCAGGUCUUGCGCCUGGUGAUUCAAAUUAAGGAUGUUCUAAUGUUGGUGGAUUACUCAAGGUGGAAAUUUAAAUUACCUACUUCUGGGAAUAAUGAAAUCCCGGCCAUGCGAGAAGAAGAAAGGAAGGCGUACCUCAAUCUUGUCAAGAUUUUUGCAAACUCCUUGUAUUAUGCUCAAUGUGAAUCUUUUUAUUGUAUUCAACUGUGGAGUUUGAAUGGUGAUGAAAAUGAUACGCUAUGGCAACUUAAGCAUGGUUUACUUAAUGCUACAAGGGUCAUAUUGGGUGAAUUGUUGGAAGUUAAUGCAAAAGAACGUAGACAGGGGAAUGUGCUGCCAGUAUCCUUUCAAGAAUUGAAGUAUCUUCCGAAACUUCUUUUUUCUGUUUCCACAUAUAUGAAGGUUCAUUCUUAUCUCUUAGAAUCUGGGAUCUUGCACUCUGACAUAGUUCUAAUGGCAGAUACGCUUUACAAAUGUUUGCACACCUUGCACUGUAGCUGGUAUUUUCAAUCUUUCUGCAACCAACUGAUGGGUAUAUAGAAGUAUACUUCCACUUGGUACUGUCAUAUGUGUCAUAAUUUUAUAUGGGGGUUGGCAUAUCAAACUGAGGAGAAUAAAUUUCGAAUUGCAUCUCCGUUGGCGGUUUCCUUCGAGUGGGAAGUCACAGCAAGUUGUUAUGCUAAGCUCAUCCAUGUAUUGGUGGUAAUUCCUAGUCAGAUUGGAUUUUUUAAUGGAUAUUCAGCUUAUGCGGGUGAGAUGAUUGCGAAGGAAACUCUGAAUUUUGAUUGGAUUGGGUUUUACUUCUUUAGUCAUACUCGAUAUUCUCCUUCUUAUUGCCACCAGAUGCGGGAGUUCGUAUAUGAACUCGAGAAGAUUUUUAGCUCGUCAGAAUUCCCUGUAGGGAUAAUGAGAAUUCAUGUCGAAACUGUUAUAGCCCACUUCCCAAUUGCAAUUAGGUGGGUGGAUUAUUUAAAGUGGAAAUUCAAUUUAUUUCCUACAGGUCGGAGGGGUGUAGGAAAUGAGAGGCUAGUGCCACCAGAGAGGGAUAAGAAAGCUGCAUUUCACAUUAAGCCAGCUACCAAGAAAGGGGAUAAAAGUAUUCUAAAGAAAAUAGAUGGCUUAUAUGUGCCCCGAAAACUCACAGUUGGAACGAGAGUAACAAGGAUGUUGGCAGGGACUUCGAUAAUCUUAAUCUUAUACUUGAUCAUUAAUAUUCAGUUCAGGGUACCCAGGAUAGUCAUUAUGCAUCUGAAAGAGAAUAUGUUGAUUGGAAAGACUGAAGUAGUUCAGCCAAGGGGAAAUCAACUAUCUGGUAUACCUAAUAUGAGAGAUAUGAAUUCUUCGGGUGCUAUAGUAGUUCAGAAAACCAAUAGAGAGGGUUCUAUGGUGUUCAGCAUCCUGUUCUCAGCAAGCUUCUGGGGCAGGGAAAAGAUUAGUGGUACUGUAUGGCUUGGCAUUGAGCUACCUGGAGUACCUGGUUACAUGAGAAGUCGUCGUUUUCUGUUCGAUAGAGGAAAAAAUCUUGAGUCUACUGCAACAUUGUUUCUCUCGAUAGUAUACCCAUGUUAUUUUUGUCACAGUAUCCACAAUUGUGGUUAUGUAAAAGCGUUUGAGCAGCUUAAGGUUGACGUGUGGUUUAUAGCCAAGUGUUUCCUUCCCUGCUAGUUUGUGAGAGUUCAAGUAAUGGUCGAGAAGCUUUAUCAUCCCAUUCAACUUAAGAUCAAGACUGAUGUGGCAAUACGUACGGAUAUGAACAUAAACCGAGUCAAGGAUUACAUUUUUAUUGAACCUGUUUUACUUGAGAAUGUAAACAUAAGAGAGUUGGGUUCAUUGGUUGUGGGACUUUACUACAAGGAGGGCGAGGGGGUUACCACUAGUGUCUUAACUGAAGUAUCUAUUGUGAAGCUGAGUUGGACAUCAGUUCUUACUGGAGUUCUUGGCAAGGCCUUGCAUCUCAAUUCUUCAUCCUUGAGGACAAGGAUGUUUAAGAGGUAAAGGUAUUGUCAUAGUUAGCCUUUAGGGCGAAAUAGCUGUUAGCGGUAAUUAAUUAUAGAUUAGUUAGUUUAAUUAGUAGUUAUUAUGGUGGGUUGUGAUGUAACCACCCGGAGCUUUAUUAGUCGUUAUAUGCUAGGUUAGGGAGGAAUGGCUUUAUAAGGUGAAUGUUCUGUAUUGAGAAACUUAUGAACGAAAAUAGAUAAGAAAAGAGAGGUUGUUCUCACAGGGUGAGACAAUGACUGUUCUAGCAA